AAGAAGGAAAAAAGAUCUUCACUGAAAACGAUGCAUACUGUGUUCUCAGGUGACGAUUUCCCGGACUCCUUUUGGGCGGCCACGGCGGGGAUGAACCGAAGCCAAUCGGAGUGGGCUUUAGAGAUCUUUCUUGAAGAGUUUUCCGGUACCGGCGGGGAGAUCCCGGUGUCUCGUUCGAGUGAGAGUGCGAUCGGUCCCUCCGUGGCGGAUCCUCAGCUGUCUGUUUCAAAAUCUGAAGAAGGCGAUUGUGAUGACGAAGUGGUGGAGAUCAAAAGACCUAGCAAUCAGAAUAAUAAAUCUCCGCCGUCCGCUCUGAAACCGACGGUCCCGAAUGACUCUGACGAGGUCCAGGCGAUCCUCAAGAGCAAGCUCGAGCAAGCCUGCGCUGUUUUUGCUCUCUCUCGUGUGUCAGCUGUGACGUCAGAAGCUUCGCCUGGCCAACCUGAAGAUCAAUCGCUUCAAUCUAGAUCCCAAGUUCAAGGUUCCUCAAAGGCUCAAGGACAGGGUGAAUCAGAUGCUAAACCUUGUGGAAUGUUGGCUGUGUCAACUACACAGAAAAAAACAGGGGUACAGAGGAGGCAAACAACAAGUGUGUCAUCAGGAGAAGAUUCAGAUGAUGAUGAACUUCAAGAUACUGAAACCACUGACAGCAUGGAUCCGACUGAUGCAAAACGCGCAAGGAGAAUGCUGUCAAACCGAGAAUCAGCUAGACGCUCUAGAAGAAGAAAGCAAGCGCAUAUGAAUGAACUUGAAGCACAGGUUGGUCAACUACGGGUUGAACAUUCCACAUUACUCAAGACUCUAGGUGACACGAAUCACAAGUAUGAUGAAGCUGCCGUUGACAAUAGAAUUCUGAGGGCUGAUAUUGAGACAUUAAGAGCAAAGGUAAAAAUGGCUGAAGAAACAGUUAAGCAGGUGACAGGGAUUAACCCUGCUAUGCUAUCAAGACACGCUGUAGCUAAUGUCGGCAUGCCUUUUGUUAGCAGUCCAUUGGAAGCAUCCCCUGUUGCUCCUGUUCGGUUGCAGCAAAACAGCAAUCAGUUUUUUCACCAACCAGUUCCGGGCAUUGCUGGUCCCGUGCACCAUCUGAAAGCAGAAAACCGUUUCGCCGGCAACAGCCUGGUUCCUCCCUCCGUGAAUCCACAUACUGAAGUAGGAUUAGGCGUGAAGAGUGUCAAUGAAACAUCUGCAUUGCGACACACGCCCAGUUCGGAGCAUGUUCAUGAUCCGAUUGGCCGUGGUGUCAGUCCAAGUGGACUCAUGUCUGGCUGGGAGCCUCAACUACAUGAAGUUGCCAAGAACAAGAAGCAAAGUUGAAAGUCGGUGCCGUUCCCAUCGUGGUUUCUAAGAUGGGGCUCGAGAGAAGCGUAUCUGGUGGUAUUAGUAUUAGUAUUAGUUAAAAACUUAGUAAUUGGGUAUGCACACUUACUGCAAGUUUGUAUUUAAUAUCUUGACAUCGUAACAUUGACUCAACUUCUUAUAGUCCAUUCAGUGAACUUUAUUAAGUAAAUUAUCAUGUAUGAAAAUCAUAUGAAGUUUAUAUCU